AUGGAGAACGGCCAGGCUCCCAAGCCAAAGAGGAUCAACCACCCCCGAACCUCGCGCCCUAAGCCCCCGCCUCCGGGUAACGAGGAGGCAUCCACGGUCCUCAACCUCGGCGAGUUCCAAGAGGUCGACACCCUGACCCUCUCGGAAGCCGCCCUGGUCCUGAACGCGCUGGUCGCCAAGCGACGGAACGACCGCAAGAACGUCAACGAGACCGAAAUGCUUAACCAGACCCUCACCUACCUCGACCAUUUCGCCCGAUUCACGCAAAAGGAGAAUGUCGAGGCCGUAGAGCGCCUCCUCAGCGCCCACAAGAACCUGGCCAAGUUUGAGCGCGCGCAGCUGGGUUCACUAUGCUGCGAAAACGCCGACGAGGCAAAGACUCUGAUCCCGUCACUGGCCGACAAGAUCAAGGAUGAGGACCUCCAGGAUCUCCUCGACGAGAUUUCCAAGCUUCAGAACAGGUGA